AUGCAAUCCCAUCUCUCGCCUCCUCCCAACCGAAGCAAUUUUAGAACCAGCGAAAACCGCGAACCAAACGCCCGCAAGUUUCACCUUGCUUCUGGAAACAACUCACCACCCGAUACACGAGGGAGCGUAAUGGCUGCAAUCUUGGGCAAGCAUGUUGAAGACCAAUUGACCAUUUCAUCCCCGACUGCUGGUCGACAUGUCCCCUACUCAGCGGCGCCAAAUGCUGCACGGGAAGGUGUGGCCAUGGCAGAACGACUAGGCUUACCUCGCCCAGGUCCGCGUUACGCCGGUGACCCUGAGGAAAUCAGCCGCUCUACUCAAGAUGCCGUUACAUCGUUGGACAUGAGACAAUCUGCAUUGAAGCCGAAAGUCAAACCAGAAGGAGUUGAAAACGCGUUACGUGGACAUGGGACGCUUUCAUUGGCAAACUUUCCUCCAAAGACUCUAGGUCAGGAAGCACGUCCCCUGGCUCGUGUUCGAAUGGAGGGCGCUGAAAUCGCUAAGUCGAGUCAAGGUGACGCAACCAAAUUUCUGCUAUCUCAGUAAGUCGCGCAGUUGUAGCUGUAAGCAAUUCUGUAACAAAAAUGAGUAUUCUCUGAGGACACUUCUUCUGGUGGUUCUUGAUACCAUACUUUGAAUCUUCUACUCAUUUCUCUUCUCUUCAGUGAUCGUCUGUCUGUGACACAGCAUGCAAGACCGAGGAUUACUGCAAGUGCCAGAAGUGUGGCUCAUCAUGCCCGCGGAGGAGCAGCCCGUGAAUGUCUAAAUCCAACCAGAACAAAAUGGUCCGGAAAAGUGCUUUGGAAACGACGACCUGUCCCACCAGUCCAUUGUACAUUUUAAAUAAAUAUCAUUGAUU